ACGGCAUCGCCAGCAGCGCUGAUCACACACAGCCUCCGCUGCUUUCGUUUAGUGUACCUCGUGUGGACUUGUCUCGUAACCUGCCGUUAGCACCAUGUUCAAGCUGGCUCUGUUCGCCGCCCUGCUGGCCGUGGCCUGCGCCGCUCCCGGCGGUCUGACCGGCCACAUCGUCGACCACGGCCUCGGCCACAUCCACGCCCCGAACGUGGUGAGCCACAGCCACGGCAACCACGUGGCCGUGAUCGCCCAACCGGUGGCCCACGCCCCGGUCCACGCCGCCGUUGUCCACUCGGCUCCGCUGGUCCACCACGAGCCCCUGAUCGCCCACCACGCUCCCAUCAUCGCCCACCACGAGCCCCUGAUCCCCCACCACCAGCCCCUCGCUCCCCACGUCCACACCGCUCCCAUCGUCACCAAGACCGUCCUCCCCGGCCACGACCACUACAUCCCCGUCCACUCUCAUGGCCAUUUCGGUCUGCAUUAGGCCCCAACGCCAGCCUAGCCGCCCAAAAGAGACAACUUCAAACGGACAACUAUAAUCACGAGUCACACGCACCACGCGGAUCAUCCUCUCGGCCGUCUUCGCUGCCGCGCUCGUCGAGUCGCAGGCCAGGAGAGGCGACCGCCUUUUCUACUUUUCGACGCGCCAGAAGAAUAAUCUGACAAUCUAACAAUAUGAGUUGACGAAUUUAAUUUCUCCACCCUCGUCGUCCGAUUCCGCGCUCAUUCAACCUACCUGCUCCCCGAUAUCAGCCCUCCCCCGAUAACUCACUCAUUCCUCCCCCUUCCAAAUUACCCCCGAAAUUAUUCAAUAAAUUUUCAACUCGUACUCGUA